AUGGCCGGCGCCGGAGCAGCUGCAAGCCAACCCUCCCGGCGGACAGCGGAUUUCCAUCCCAGCGUAUGGAGAGAUUUCUUCAUCACCCAUGUCCCCCAACCUGAUGAGCAAUUCAAGAAGGAUGGAGGAAGAGGAGAGUUUAAGAAGGAAAUAAUAGCGAGUGAUAUCAAAGGCAUGUUGAAUUUGUAUGAAGCUGCAUACUUGAGAACGGAAGAGGAUGCUAUAUUAGACGAAGCAAUCGAGUUCACAAAACUUCACCUCAUGAACAACGCCGAAUUGGAAUCCCCUAUGGCUGAACUAGUGGCGCAUUCUCUGGAAAUGCCGCUGAGGAAAGGCGUCAAAAGGGUCGAACACCUGUUCUUCGUACCCAUGUACGAGAAAUUCCACGGCCACGACGUAGCUCUCCUCGAGCUGGCCAAGCUGAGCUUCAAUGUGGUGCAAGACUUGUACCAAAAGGAGCUCAAAGUCCUCACCGAGUGGUGGGUCGAGUUGGAUUUGCCGAGGAAGCUGCCUUAUGCUCGGGACAAGCUGGUCGAGAUAUUCUUUUGGGCUAUGGCAAGCGCGUGGGAACCCAAAUUCGCCCUGGCUAGGUACUUCUACACCAAGGUCAUCUCCAUCGGGUCGAUGUACGACGACACGUACGAUGCCUACGGCUAUGUGGAAGAACUCGAACUGUUCACGACCGCCACUGAAAAGUGGGAUCCAAACGUGAAAGAUCUGAACAACUGCAUGAAAACCCUAUUUGAUGCUAUCAUCGGGGUGUACGAGGAAAUCGACACGGUGACAUCAAGGGAUGGAAUGCCCUACUGUUUGGAGUUUGGAAAACAGGCGCUGAAGUUUGUGACAAGGAUGUACAUGGAAGAAGCACGAUGGUUCUACCAAGAUCAUGUGCCGAGCUUAGAGGAAUACAGGCAGGUUUCUUCACUCAGCACCAUCUACCAGUGGAUAGCGUACGCCACCAUGUGCGGUCUCGGCCGGCAGUCGGCGCCAAAGGAAGACUUCGAUUGGCUGUUCAGCUUGCCCAGAAUGUUGGUAGUUUCGUCGGACCACUGUCGUCUCCGAGACGACAUGGUCUCCCACGAGUUCGAGCAGAAAAGGGGGCAUGCUGCAUCGUCGAUACAGUGUUACAUGAAGGAACACGGCGUGGGGAAAGAAGAGGCGAUGGCUGCUGUAAGGGGAAUUGCAGAGGAUGACUGGAAGAUCAUGAACGGAGAGAUACUGCGACUGCUCAAUCCGCCAACAGGUCGUGAUGAUGUUGCUGCUGCUGCUGCUGCAGUAGUACCUAACCAUGACGUUCUGCAGAUACUUGUCGGCCUUGCGAAUGUGAUGGAGACUCUUUACAAGGAGUUCGACGGUUACACGAAUUCCGACACCAGCACCAAGGACAUGCUUAUGGCUCUCUUCGUCACACCUUUCCCAGUUUGA